AUGCUGAGUGUCUUGUUUCUAGGUCAAGACGUUGAGGUUGUUGCAGCUUUAAUGCGUCCUAAGACAGUUAAAACUGCUGCUGGUUCUGGUGGUCUAUGGAUUGGUCGAUGUUUUGAGGGUUUUAGAGUACACUUGGCUCCCCCAGUGCGCAAGAGUAUGACAAGCACUGACCAGGAGCGUCCAGCCAGUAGUCCGUGUCCUUCUUCGUCUAGUAGCAGUAAUAGCAGCAAUAUUAAUGACUCUAGCUCAAAUUAUAGCGGCAGUACAAGUGAUGGUGACGAGGACUUUCCUGUGAAUAACGGCAGUAAUGGGGGAGACAAAGGAGACGAUCAAAAGGACAAGAAAGAAGACGAAGAAGACGGCCAUAGCAGCGAUGCCAGUUGUAUCAGCGACAAUUCAACAGUUGAAAGCGAAGAAGAAGAAGAUGAUGAUGGUGAUGAAGAUGAUGAUAUGUUGCUUGACACGGACAAUGAAAAGGACAGGGCGUAUCAUGAUUAUAUUGAUCCUGCAGAUGACGAUGAUAGUGAAGAAAGUGAUGAGAGCUCGGAUCUCAAAAACUCGUACCCGCGUCUUUCUCCAGCACCAGUAGAUGCACUUAUUAAUCGUCGACAGCAAGAAGCACAUAAAGAGCUGCAACUGACGGACAAGUUAAAGCAGAAAGUAAUAGCAGACGCAAGGCAGCGACACCAAGAGCGGCAAGAGGCACCACGUUCCAAGAAGAAAAGACAGACGUUGUAUUCUAAACGUCGAAACUUUAAAAGUGAUGUCGUGUCCAAGAAGUCGGCAGACUUUGAGAGGCGUUGCACAACCGGCAGCACCGGUGUGGUGAUGGCUCUACAAGAACAGGAAGGGGACGAGUGGGUUGUAGACUGCUCUUGCGGUUUAAUGAAGAAAAACUAUGACGAUGGAACCUUCAUGAUUCAAUGCGAUAGCUGCUCACAUUGGGUACAUGCCAAAUGCGCAGACAAGCAGCCAGAGGCGGUGGUGCGGGAGAAAUUUCUGUGCUUUCGUUGUAGCUGGAUGUUCGACUGUGUGUGCUCCGUUCGUCGCCGACCCAAUCACGACGAUGGUCAGCGAAUGGUAGAAUGUGAAAGCUGCAAGACGUGGCAACAUACAAUAUGUGUCCGUAUACCGAUGACUGAGGAACCAGCAGACGAUUAUCGAUGCCCGCGUUGUGUGAGAAGAGGGCGCCGGCGCAAAUCUGCAUUAAAAGGAACUAGAAAUCGUAAACGACAACGGAAGCAAAGUCAUGCUAAAUUGUCACUGCACCGUGACAAAAGUAUGAAUGCAUCUCAUGUGGAUGCGAUGGGAGUGCGAUCUUUGGCUCGAACUGUCGAUGUGUUGGCAACGUCACAUCGUUCACACCGAAGCAGGCGUGUCGAUCGAAACAGGUUGUCCAAGGUGGAGACGAUAGCUACCGUCGACCCUUCUCCUCCUCCUAUUCCAGCCGUCUCGCCUCCGUCCACUCCUCCUCCCCCAUCAUCACCUCCACCGCCUUCGGCAGAACAAUCGGAUGCGCACUCUGGAUCUACAAAGCGAAGUGACCGUAGUCGUAGGCGCAACAAGCGAACUAGCGCGACGGAAAAAGAACGCUUAUCUGGAUCUAGCACCUUGUCACAUCGAAAGUGCGGUCGGUUACUGGGAAGCUCAUCGUCUGGAAAGAAGACACGUUCAGAUUCAAGCGUAAUGGAAGACUAUGCUUCACCUACAGCUACUGUAACGCCGUCACCAAGGGGCAAAGGACUGAUGCUUCAAGGGUAUUCUUCUGCUGCUACCAGAACGGGUGCGUCCUCUUUACCGUCAGUGGACGUACGCCCUCCACUUCCGCUCACUCCUCCGUCGGCCAGAGCUAGCAGUGGGAACAAACAUAGUCACAAAAGCCACGGUCGCAAACGCAACGUGACCUCAGCGCGUGAUCGGCUGGCAAAGAAGCUGAAAAUUAGAAAGCCUUUGCUGCGGUGA